CUGCACGACCAACUCGCACCGACGCCGCACCGGAUGCCAGUAGAUAGAUACUCCUGUCUGCUAGGUCCUGUGCCCUUAUAGAGUGUGUACCCGCAAGCGACACCAACGGACCCUCUCUCCGGUCCGUCCCGCCCUUUACGCCCGCCCAUCGAGCUGCUGCGUCUCUUCAUCCCGUCUAUCCUGGCCUCUUCGAGUCAGAUGCUAGUUUGAGCUAGGGGUGCUCUGCUUGGGUUACGACGCCAUUUAUCCUUUUAAGACCCGCUAUGGAAGCGGGCGAUUCUGCUGCCAGGCAAAGCGGGAUCCCAACUGCCACCACCACUCGUGAACACUUUGAUCCAGCACGACCAUACAACAACAGAAGCAGCAGAGGAGGCACAGCCAUGGCGACGGCAACCUUGAUUAACCCGAGCUCCCAAUACCACUCGCACUCAUUUUCCCACAACGGCUACCACCCCUCGUCCUCCGCAAGCAUUCCCGGCAUGAUUUCGCCAGUCGAUUCCCGGCGGACGUCCGACGAGUCGGAGAACCCUCAUCGACAGUCGCUUCCUUCCAUUUCAGAAGUCAUCUCGGGUACCAAGCCGACCUCCUACCCUCCACAUGCUCCAACCUCACUGCCGCCUACCCAGAGCCUCCCUUCGCCGUUUGCACCAUCUGGUCCGCCCCGAAGUUACGAUGUAGACAAGCAUCCUUCGCCGAGGGCAUUGCAUCCAAGCUCGGGCUUCCCCCGCCCUGAUCCUCUACCCGCCUUCUCUGACCCCGCAAGACCUCAAUUGUCUAGCAGGCCGCCUCCGCCUCCCCCGCUGAAUACAUUUCCAACACAUCAUCAGCACCCCUCGCCGCCAGUGAAGCUUGAACAGAUGGAGGUUGACCAAAGGCAUGCCGAGGCAUCCCCAUUGAGUGCCGGAUAUCCUCACCAUCCUCCAGGACAUCCAGCGGGGCCCCAUUAUGCGCAAACGGGACGUCUACCUCCUGGCCAACUACCGCUGUCGGCUUACCCUGUUUCCCCCAGGCAUAGUGGACCCGGACUGCCCUCACCAUACGACUCGCAGCACCGACCGCCUAUGUACCCAGAGGAGCAAGAAUAUGGGCAUGGUCAUGCUAGAAGUAGCGAAUACAAGGCUGCCUCAGAAAGGUCUCUGCCGGACUGGUCGUCUUAUGGGGAGAUGAUGUACAUGAUAGCGCACGCUGGGCGCACCGUUUAUCAUUUUGCUGAAGGCUAUGGUGCCGCGGCCCGGGAACAGCAAGGACAGCCGCUUCCAUCAAGGCUACCAACCGAAAGUGAAAUCUCUGUCGUCAUUGACAGCGCAGUUGUCGCGGUCGAGAACUUGAAGAACCUCCGACACCUCAUUGCCCAGAUCAAUUCGGAACGGUCUCGAGAAAAUGGUGGACGCAAGUCCGGAGCCGAGGACGACGAUGUCUCCAUGUAUGGUGACGGCAUAGGAAAGCAUUCGUCUUUUAACGAAGUGAAGAAAAGGCGCGGCCGUGCGGCUCCUCCUGGACGGUGCCAUAGCUGCAAUAGGAUCGAUACUCCCGAAUGGAGGCGCGGUCCAGACGGCGCGAGAACUCUUUGCAAUGCCUGCGGUUUACACUAUGCCAAACUUGAGCGCAAACGACAAUUGGAGCAACGAUCUAUUCGACCUAAACCCACCGACGAUCGAAACUAGAUUUACUAUCCGACAGCGAAAGACGAUUAUCGCGGGCAUUCCACCUCGGGUCCUGACAAUUUCGAUUGCAGCCAGCGGCAUCAUGUAUGCUGACCAUAGUAAAGCUUUUUUUUUUUCUUUUUCUUCGAAUUGCCCCUUUCUUUUUUCGCAGCGCG